AGAUCAGUGCCCUCACAUUGGAAUUGUCCAGCUUGCAGCCAGAAUGCUUAUCCUCAGCUUCAUGGCGUUGGGAUUUUAUCUGCAGCUCCUUUUCUGCUUUGCUCUGUCUCAGACCUCCUUUGUUGACAGUGUCUUCUCCAUCUCUGCAGCCCUCCCUUGCUUGGAACAGAAGAAACGAAUUAAUAACCAUCGAGUUUGCUCUCUCCUUGUCCCUCCCCCUCCACCACCCCCUCCGUUACUUCCUCCACCAUACUUCAAACAGGGAUGGGAUUCCAUGUUACUUCCUCUGGAUUUGAAAAACUUAUGUCAAAUGCUCCAGAUAACACAGUCUCCAUGUGUAGAUUCUGUAUGCCCUCCAGGACCUCCUGGCCCCCAGGGUCCACAAGGUAUUCCUGGUGUGAAAGGACCAAAAGGAGAAAAAGGGGAAAUCGGCAGACCAGGAAGAAAGGGUAGACCAGGACCUCCAGGUGUCCCUGGAAUGCCAGGACUUAUUGGAUGGCCUGGCCCAGUGGGACCUCGGGGUGAAAAGGGAGAUUUAGGUUUGAUGGGCUUACCAGGUACAAGAGGACCAAUGGGAUCCAAGGGCCACCCUGGAAGCAGAGGAGAAAAGGGAGCUCAUGGAGGGAAGGGUGACAAAGGCAGCAAAGGUGAUAAGGGAUACAUAGGCUUCCCUGGAAUGCUGGGACAAAAGGGAGAAAUGGGUCCAAAGGGAGAGCCUGGUUUAUCAGGGCACAGAGGACCUAUUGGAAGACCAGGGAAACGAGGGAAACAAGGACAAAAAGGAGACAUGGGACCUCCCGGAAUUGCAGGUCGACCUGGGAAACCUGGUCCUCCAGGUCAGCCUGGUCCUCCAGGAACUUUGGUAUCAGGGCAACUAACAAUGGGGCCAAAAGGGGAAAGAGGACUUCCUGGACCUCCAGGAAAAUGUCUUUGCAACUCCCAUCAAAAUAUGAAUAUCCCACCAUAUGAGGAGCCACUGUUUGGACAACCUUAUUCAAAAGUUCCUGCAAUUUUUGUUGUGAAUAAUCAGGAAGAACUAGAUAGACUAAAUACGGAAAAUGCCUUGGCAUUUCGAAGAGAUCAGAGAUCUUUAUAUUUCAAGGAUACUUUUGGAUGGCUUCCAAUCCAGCUUACACCCUUCUAUCCUGUGGACUACCCUAUUCAAGAUGGCAGUACCUGUGGAGAUGGAAUAGUCCAAGAUGGAGAAGAGUGUGAUGAUGGCAAUACCAUUGUGACUGAUGACUGUAUAAGAUGCCGCCAUGCUUAUUGUGGAGAUGGCUACCGACAAGAAGGCAUAGAGGAUUGUGAUGGGACAGAUUUUGGAUAUUUAACAUGUAAAACAUAUCUUCCUGGGUCUUAUGGAAAAUUACGAUGUACUUCUUAUUGCUAUAUUGACUCUACAGAGUGCCGAUAUUUUACAUGAAGUGUGGGCAGAGGUAGGUAAGCAUUUCCCCAUAUGUCAUGCUUACAGCAGGUGCUAUGUUAUCAUCAACCAAGAUCAGGCAAUAGACACAACAGUCUCUGGGAUGAAACAACCAGGGACAUGCUGUUGGUGGUGGCUUGAGAUUCAUUUUCAAUUGACUUGCACUGGAAGAAAAUAGGACCACUGAAUUCUGUCUUAGUAGAAAACUGUCAAGCAACAUUCUCCACUCAGACUUAAAAUUUCACACGGCUGCUUAUGGGAACUGCCAUAACAAGAGAAAAACCAAACUUCAUUUUACUUCAAAAUGGUUACUUCAACAGAACACAAUAAUACCUCAAUUUAGCACUGUUAGUCAUAAAAAUAAGCUCUGCAGGUUGUUGAUGUUUGUGUAGCAGAAAAAAGAUUUUCCCAGUAUAAACACAAAGCAUACUCUGGUUGCAGUGUUUAUAAGGACUAUUUUGGGUUCUUUUCUAAUAAUGUGAACUUUGUAUAUGCUUUAGCUGCCUGAAUUAUGGGUUCAGAUUUGUUAGAAGCCCCCCCCCCCCUUUUGUGUAUACAUUGAUAUGGGCAAUUUAGCCAUGUGCUUAAGCAAGGAAAACCAGCCUGAGGAGCUGAUCAUCUUUAUUUGGAGACUGCUACUAUAGAAGAAUAUAAAGAUGUACAUAAAUUUAUAUAUGUGUAUAUAUAUUUAUAUAGACAAAUUCCAGAUGGCUAGCACUGUAAUCUGUUGCAGAAAACUCAAUGACAUCUCAAAGGCUAACACAUAUAUUGUGGUUUUGUAUGCGAGGAUCCGUGCCGUUAGAUAUACAGUUACUUUUAUUUGCAAUCACUGCGUAUCUGAUAAAGUGACUUCUGGCUUAGGAAAACCGCUACAGCAAUAAAUUUGUUAGGCUUUAUGGUGCCUCAUUCUUGAAUUUAUGAAAUGGAAGCAUUCAAAAAAGAGUCAUACUUGCCUAUUAUGAAGGACAAUAGGAACCGGAUCAGCAAACUGGAAAUACUUCCGCCUGCAUUGGAAGCCUUAGGACUGACUAACCCAUCAUCAAGCAAUGACCUGGAUGCAAUCAACUCUCUUUGGAACAAGAUCUUCAGAACUGAUUCAUAGUGAUCAUUAUCUUUGCACCAUGUUCCUACCAAGGUUCUAAAUUAUUCAUCAUAAAGCCUUGUGUUAAUAUGCCUGAAAUCUGAAGUUAUGAAACAAAAUUGGAGGGAUGCAUUAUGAAAAUCUUAGAAUUACAUUAAAGACUGUUGUGAAAAACCUUCAAGCUGUCUAAUUAUCAACUUCCAUUGUAGCUUAGAUGCCACAAAAUCAACUUUUUAUUUUAUCUUUUUCAUGUACCUAAUAGUUACUCAGUUGAGCUGGUUUCCAGUACAGCAGUAUUCUUAUUUGCAUAUAGGAGCCAUCCCAGAAGUGUUGUUCAGACUAUAUACUCUAUAGAAUUUAUAUGUAUAUAUGUGAUUUAUUAAAAAGACUGCUAUGCUAUCUUUGAUAGCAUUUAGGAAAAUUAUAGAUUUCCUUUACAGCAAAUACUAAAGAGCAGUUUUCAUGUUGGAAGUAUGCUAGCUGUGAUACAAAUGAAGUUGUCAUAAAUUUAGAUAGAUCUUGUAUGAUGAUAUGUGGAUUCAGACUUAGAAGAAUCAAGAUAGGUCAAUCUUUCCUACUGGUCAUUGUUCUUGGUUUAUCUUUAAGGGUCUGUUGUGUUUGUUUGAAAUGCAUGAACACAUAUAUAACAUCUGUUGACUGUCCUAUUACUUCUAUAGAAGUUGAAUAAGGAAGAUGUUAUAUUGUUAUAAUAAACAUUAAA